AUGAGCAGCGACAGCGAACAGGAAGAUUACGAGCCGUGGAGCGACGACGACGACGAGCAGCACCAGCAAGCACCAGCGCGCCCGGCAGCACCGGAGGCCCUCGACGCCGAGACGCUCGCAGCUCUGAACUCUUUGGACGGCGAGACGCUCGCGGGCCAGCUCUGGGACGUGCUCGGCGGGCUUGCCGUCAACUGCGCGAACAAUGACGAAACGGCGCGGUCCGUCGCGGCAAGAGCUAGAGACGCGCUGACGCCGCGCGAGUACGCCAUGGCGCUGCAGCCGGAACUGACCCGCUGCGGCCAUCAGGCGACGUGGUGCUGGCUUGUUGAUGAAUUACACGCAUGCCUCGAGCGCGUGACGAUGGAGCGCGCGGCGUCUGUCGCGCCGCGCGCCGGCAGCGCGGUGUGGCGCACGGCUUGUUUGGCCGUGUCGGCGCGGCAGAAGGCCGCGCGGAAGGCCCUGGACAGUGAUCUGGUGGUUGAGGAGGACGACGAUGUAGGUGGGCUGGAGGUCGAUGCGGAUGUCGCCGCGGCCAAGGUGUUCGGAGUCGCUUCAUUACUAUCACAAAAGUGCGAGACGUGUCGAUGCGUCGCGGUGCGGCUCGCGCUCAAACUCGCGGCGUGGGACGCCCUGCCGGACGACUACGCGCCCCGAUUGUGGUCCAUAAUAAGGGCUUGUGAUGUAGAACCGCACCGACUGCUAAGUGUCGCGUCGCAGCACCGGCCGCGGAGAUUAGCGAGAGCACGACGGCGACGGAAGCGCUUCGAAGAGGAAAAAGCCGCCCACAAGGAGCGCUGCCUCGGGCUGGGCGCGCGGCCCGAGGAGCUGCCUACCAAAGAGUCGACGGGGCACGCGUCGUCCUCGUCGAGCGGCGACUCCGCGUCCUCAGACUCGGGCCGGUGGGACUCAUCGUCACAGGACUCGGAGUGCGACGGGCGACGGUUAGUGAGACGCGACCGGCAUGCCUCCGCUCUCGGCGCAAAGCCGGAUCCGGACCUGCGGUGGUCGCUCACCGGAAUUGCGCGGCUGGUGGCUCGCGAGAACGGGUUCGCGGGGCCCCUGGCGCGCGCGCACGAGUGGCGCCUCGUCGCGCCGCUGGCGGCUCGUUUAUUGUCUAGACAUGCGCAGUCCGAGGCCGGCGCCGCGGCCGCCGGCGCCCAACUCCUGCGGGCGCUCGUCGAGGCGAACCCUCUUAAAAUGAAUCGGGACGAGAUUCUGGAGCGGCGCUGCGCGCGGCGGCUGGCGCGGGUCGCGGCGCGCGCGGCGGACCCGCGGGCCCGGCGGGCCGCGCGGCCGGCCCUCGCCGGCUUGCUCGCGACGGUGUCCGACGACGGACGCAGAACGUCUCUACUAUCAGCGUGCUUCAAGAAGGGCGACGCCUGCGGCGCCGUCCUCGACUGCCUCGGCCGGGAACUAGUGGCGAAUCCUGCUGGGAUCGACGACUUGGUCGCGACGGCGCUGCGGGACCGCUUCGCGAGCAUGGACAAGGACGCAGACGCCGGCUACGACGCGCUCGUGUUGAAUUUGGACGCGCACGUCGCCGUGGCGGCGCUGGCGCGGCGCGUGGCCCUCGCCGGGUCUCUCAAAUUGCCGGCGAGCGUCGCGGCGUUGCGCGACGACGCGGCGCCGCGGCGCGUCGCGGAGCUGCUGCGGUCGCGGCUGCGGCGCGCGAUCGCGGCGCCGAACAUCGGGCGGGAGACCGUGCCCGCGACGACCGGGAGCGCCGACGAGCCGUCGAAGCCCGGGGGAGAGCCCGCGGCGCAGCGGUUCAUGCUGCACCUCCUGGCCGAGAACCUGGACUACGUGCUGGAGGCGCUCGGUCAGGCGUCGUGA